UUCUGAUUUUAUUUAAUUCUGAUUUUUGUUUUAAUUUUAUGUUUUUCUUAAAUUCUGAUUUUUGUUUGAUUCUUGGACUAGGUAAAUGCAUUAACAUAAGCAACAUGUCUGUUAUUAUGGUUAUUAGAAACUGCAAGGAAUUGAAAACACUUGAUGUUUCCUACUGUCCAAAUGUUACACAAGUUAUAUUUAAAGAAUUGGACAAACAAAUGUUAAUUCGUUAUGGACGUUCAAAUCCAUCAACAAAUUCCAAUAAUGACGUCAAAAAAUUCAAUUUAUUAAUUUCACGUUCUGGGGCUCAUGGCUGUAUUCCACAAAAAUAUUCUCCUUGGAUUAAAAUUGUUGAUCAUUAUGAAAGUGAUGCAAGUGGAAGUGGUGGGGGUGGUGGGCCUUUGGGUAUUGGGAAUUUAACUCCAGGAAUGUUGGUUGCUCGUAUUUUGCAUCUUCCACACGCUCUUAUAAGAGAACUUCACCCGGUUUAAAACAAGAUUUUUUAUUUAAAAGAAAAAAAAGAAGCUUUCUCUCUCU